AUGAAACAAAUCUUACUUUUCGGUCUACUUCUUUAUGUUAUAUCACCGGAAAAAAAUGUACAACAUACCUCCAUCAAUAAACAAAAUAAGAUAUAUCAUGUAUCAAAUUUAAUACAAAUUAGAUCACUCGCAGAAGCAUCUGUAGAAAAACCUUCAUCUCAUAAUAAAAACAAAUAUCCAAAUGAAUCAAUUACGAAUUCAAGUAAUACUUGCGCACAAAGCUCUACAAAAGCAACAGCUGAAAAAAGUGGAACAAAAUCUAUGUCUAAAAGAAACGAACAAGUUAACACUCAAACAAUUAGUAGACCUACAUAUAAUUCUAUUUUACAAAAUCGUCAAUCAUCAAAUGAUAAUAAUUAUAACUGUGGUUUGCAAAAUGUACUACAACGUUACAAUGAAAAUCAUGUAGAACGUAUUGUAGACACAUUGGAUCUUCCUCAUGAUAUUAAAGGUAAAUUUAAAGAAUUACUUUGUUUAAAUGUUAAUAAAAGUGAUCCAAAUCGUCAAUAUAAAUUAUACAGAGAAAUUAAAAAGCAUAUCAAAAAAUAUGAAGAUCAUCCAAUGAUUCGUAGUUUUGUUGAUUUAGAAAAUAUAGAAGAUGAUAUUUAUUAUUUACAAAAUCCACACUUAGCAAAACAUAUAGUAUGGGAUACAUCAAAAGAAAAUAGAAGAAGAAAAAAAAUGAAAAAAUUAGAAAAACAGAAAUUAGAAGAAGAAGAAGAAAAAAAAAAAAAUAAGCAAAAAAAAAGAAGAGAAUAA